GAGGGUGAAGCUCCAAGCAGUGAGACUGGCACGUCCCUGGACAGCCCAUCUGCUUACCACCAAGGCCCUAUAACACACAGCUCAGCCAUCAGCCCGGACCAUUACGAGCACUCUGCGUACGGGCUCUACUCCAUCUCCCCGGGGCAGCAGAGGUCUCGGAGGCCCAAACUCCAGCACUCAACAUCCAUCCUGCGAAAACAGGCGGAGGAAGAGGCUAUUAAAAGGUCAAGAUCACUUUCUGAGAGCUAUGAACUCUCUUCGGACCUACAAGAUAAGCAGGUGGAGAUGCUAGAACGGAAGUAUGGAGGCCGUCUCAUAACCAGACAUGCUGCUCGCACUAUACAAACAGCUUUUCGCCAGUAUCAGAUGAACAAGAAUUUUGAACGUCUCAGAAGUUCUAUGUCUGAAAAUCGUAUGUCAAGGCGCAUUGUACUGUCCAAUAUGAGAAUGCAGUUUUCCUUUGAAGGACCUGAGAAAGUCCACAGCUCUUACUUUGAAGGAAAACAAGUUUCUGUUACAAAUGAUGGGUCAAAGCUGGGAUCCCUGGUACCAUCUGAAUGUGAUGACAUUGCAGACACAGCUACAAUGAAGUCUCCAGCAGCAUCUACUGACUUUACUGAUGCCAUUACAGAACUGGAGGAUGCUUUUUCCAGGCAAGUGAAAUCGCUUGCGGAAUCCAUUGACGAUGCACUGAACUGCCGUAGUCUCCAUUCUGAUGAAAUCCAGGCUGCAGAGCAGGUCAGAAGUCGUGAAAUGGAAAGGGAUAGUUGUGCUCCAACUAAACCAGCACUUCACAACGUGGAUCACAGGAAGCUUGAUGAGAUGACGGCGUCCUACAGUGAUGUUACGUUAUAUAUUGAUGAGGAAGAGUUGUCUCCACCUCUUCCACUCUCCCAGUCAGUGGACAGACCGUCCAGCACAGAAUCGGAUUUGAGGCUCCGGUCUGUGAACUCUUCUCAAGAGUAUUGGUCCAUGACUCACAAAGAUGAUAAGAUAGACACUGACACGAGCUGCAGGAGUACCCCCUCACUGGAAUGUCAGGAGCAGAGAAUGAGAAUGGAUCAUCUACCAUUGCUAACUAUAGAGCCACCCAGUGACAGUUCAGUGGACUUAAGUGAUCGCUCCGAGAGAGGCUCAUUAAAGAGACAAAAUGCAUAUGACCGAGGGAUCACGAGUCAACAAGGAAGCCCAAAACAUAUCCCUCACAGUAUUCCUGCCAAGAUCAUAACCCGAGAGGAGCAGGAGGCGAGACAUAGGGCUAGGCCUAUAGACAGUCAUUUAGCUAUCAAUGGCACAGCAAACAGGCAAAGCAAAUCAGAGUCUGAUUAUUCUGAUGGAGACAAUGACAGCAUCAACAGCACUUCCAACUCGAAUGAUACAAUAAAUUGCAGCUCAGAAUCUUCUUCUAGAGACAGCCUAAGGGAGCAAACCUUGAGCAAACAAACAUACCACAAAGAAACUCGCAACAGCUGGGAUUCCCCUGCCUUCAGUAACGAUGUUAUCAGGAAACGCCAUUAUAGGAUUGGACUAAAUCUUUUUAACAAAAAACCUGAAAAAGGAGUCCAGUACCUCAUCGAGCGAGGAUUUGUGCCAGACACUCCAGUUGGUGUUGCCCACUUUCUCCUGCAAAGGAAAGGGCUCAGCAGACAGAUGAUUGGAGAAUUCCUGGGAAAUCGACAGAAACAGUUCAACAGGGAUGUGUUAGACUGUGUUGUGGAUGAGAUGGACUUCUCAACAAUGGAACUGGAUGAAGCACUCAGGAAAUUUCAGGCUCAUAUCCGUGUCCAAGGAGAAGCCCAGAAAGUGGAACGGCUCAUUGAAGCUUUUAGCCAGAGAUACUGUAUCUGCAACCCAGGUGUGGUGAGACAAUUUAGAAACCCUGAUACCAUCUUCAUUCUAGCUUUUGCCAUCAUACUGUUAAACACAGACAUGUACAGCCCAAAUGUGAAACCAGAACGCAAAAUGAAGCUGGAAGAUUUUGUCAAGAAUCUAAGGG